GCGGCCCGUGUCUGUCUCAACUCGAGUGUCCGCCGCCCCGUCAUUCAAUUGUCCUGUCAGUCACUCUCAGCCCCGCCCCCUCGCCUCACUCUCUGAGCUCUGUGUGUCCUACCGGCGGCUCUACUCUCCUCUCAGUCUCCUCUCAGUCAGGGCUCGGCUCGUUGGGUUCUCAGGGGUCGCGCUGGAUUUCCUUUGUGAAAAUGAACAGGAAUGUGUUUGUGCAGUUGGAACAGUUGCUUCAGUUUCACGUCUCCUGUAGGAAAUUGCACUCCCUGGGCCGCCCCAGUAUCAGGACAACAUGGAGAUUUGCCCAGUGCUCCCCCCAAUUGUGCCCACCCUGCUGCCAAACACACACCUUCCUGGGUGCUGCACUCUCACAGUAUCGCUGUUUGUCCUCCAAACAGGGAAAAUCUUUUAAAAAACACAAAUUGUCGCCAAUCAAAGAGAAGCAAGAAAAGCAGGAGGUGGAGAUAUGGAACAAUAUGACCGUCGCAGAUCUUGCCAGAGCCAUGAAUAAGGACACAGAGCACGUGUACGAAGCCCUUCUCCAUACUGAUCUGGAUUUGGAAGCUUUAGACGAAACUUCUGUCCUGAGCGAGCAGUGGAUAAAGGAAGCCAUUAAGAAAUCCGGCAUGAAGUUUAAAUACGCAAAAAUAAAAGAAGAAAAAAUUCGAGAAAACAAGGACGCCAUGAAAAGAGCCCCUGCAGAUCCAGCUGUACUGAUUCCCAGACCUCCUGUAGUUACAAUAAUGGGGCAUGUUGACCAUGGGAAAACAACGCUGCUCGAUCAGCUGAGAAAAACCCAAGUGGCCGCAAUGGAAGCGGGAGGUAUAACCCAGCACAUCGGCGCAUUUAAUGUUCAUUUACCUUCAGGAGAGAAGAUAACCUUUCUGGACACUCCAGGACACGCAGCUUUCUCAGCGAUACGAGCCAGAGGAGCGAAUGUCACAGAUAUUGUUAUACUGGUGGUGGCAGCAGAGGAUGGAGUUAUGAAACAGACCACUGAGUCCAUACAACACGCCAAGAAUGCGAAAGUCCCUAUUAUCCUCGCCAUAAACAAGUGUGAUAAACCUGAAGCCGACCCUGAGAAAGUAAAGAAGGAGCUGCUGUCCCAUGAUAUAGUGUGCGAGGAGUUCGGGGGGGAUAUCCAGGCUAUUCACAUCUCUGCACUAAAGGGGCACAACUUGCAGGCAUUGGCAGAAGCCACAGUCACUUUGUCAGAAAUGUUGGAGCUAAAAGCCGACCCCACAGGCCUAGUGGAGGGAACUGUUAUAGAGUGUCGUACGGACAAGGGGAAAGGUCCAGUGACCACGGCCAUAGUGCAGAGAGGAACGCUUAAAAAGGGCGCCGUGUUGGUAGCGGGUAAAACCUGGGCAAAGGUUCGCUUAAUGUUUGAUGAGAACAACAAGUCUUUAAACCAGGCGGGCCCCAGCACACCCGUGGAGAUUGUCGGCUGGAAAGAUCUGCCGUCUGCCGGGGAUGAAAUCCUGGAAGUAGAGACAGAGCAACGGGCUCGAGAAGUGGUGGACUGGAGGAAAUACGUGGAAGAGCAGGAGAAACUAACUGGGGAUAUGGAGAUGAUUGAGGCCAGGCAGAAGGAACACCGAGACGCCUACAAGAAGAACCUGGAGACUUUCAGCAACUUGAGCUGGAGACAACGGAAAUCUGCCAUGUACAAGGCCAACAAGCAGCUAAUGUCCUCCAGGCCUGGAGAGAGGUCACAGAGCGAAAAGCCCACGUUUCCUCUUAUUAUUAAAGGCGAUGUUGAUGGGUCGGUAGAAGCCAUUCUCAGUAUCAUAGACACUUACGAUGCAGAAGAGCAGUGCGAGCUCGAUUUAGUGCACUUUGGAGUCGGGGAUAUCUCUGAAAAUGACAUUGCGCUCGCUGAGAUGUUUAAAGGCUAUGUGUAUGGGUUCAAUGUGAAUUCAAACAAAGCAGUGCAGCAACUGGCGGCCAAAAAGGAGGUUCCAAUCAAGCUGCAUAAAGUCAUCUACCAUCUAGUGGAAGAUCUGAAGGAGGAACUCAGCAGUCAGCUGCCUGCGGUAUUGGAAGAAAAUAUAAAAGGUGAGGCCUCUGUGCUGGCGACGUUUGAUGUGACAGUUGGAAAGAAGAAGGUGCAAGUGGCAGGCUGUAGGGUGCAGAAAGGAAUGUUGGAUAAGAAGCUGAAAUGUAAAGUGAUCCGUAACAGAAAUAUCAUUUGGGAAGGGUAUUUGACAUCACUGAAACACCACAAGGACGAUGUACAGACGGUAAAAACCGGAGUGGAGUGCGGCCUGAGUCUGGAUAAAGACAUUGACGUGAGAACCGGAGACGAAGUUCUGUGCAUUGAAGAAAAAGAAAUUCAACAGAAAAUCUCCUGGGAUCCUGGAUUUUAAUUUGUCAGGAUUUUCUCAUGAAUGGGGUAGAAUAUUCCCAGUAUCUCAUGAUUGGUGGAUAUUUAGCACCGCUAAAUUGAGAUUCCCACAGCUUCCUAUAAACAGUCGGAUGCUUCAGCAGCGCCAGAUACAGUUGAGGAGUGGGAGCAGAUUCCUAGUUUUUGUGGGAUGAUCAUUAGACAAUAAAUGAAAGAAUCUGUCCCUCACUUGUGUGUCUUCCAGCAAGUCCAGAUGGAUUAGAGGACAUUAGAUUGUAUCCUGGUGUCUAAUAAGUCCAGAUGGAUUAGAGGACAUUAGAUUGUAUCCUGGUGUCUAAUAAAUCCAGAUGGAUUAGAGGACAUUAGAUUGUAUCCUGGUGUCUAAUAAAUCCAGAUGGAUUAGAGGACAUUAGAGUGAAUCCUGGUGUAUAAUAAGUCAAGAUGGUGUCAGGGGCAGUGGAUCGAUUGUAUAGGAAGUUAACAGUGAGUUGUACUUAUAACAGCCACAACUGUACAUUGGGUUAUAAACAGCCGCCCGAUCUGGGUAUUGGACCUUGGGCCCCAUUAGAAUUAAGGACAAAUAAUAACUGUAAAUAGUAAAUGACAGUCGAUUGUAAGCAGUGUGUUCCAAUUCCAAACCCCACAUCAGGGACAAGCCACUCGUCAUGUCAUUAUCCCCGGCUGAGAGUUGCAGUUUCCUGGUUGUCAUUGCACCAAAUAUUGCUCAUCCCCACUAUUUGCCUCUGCACAGUAUGUAACUUUAUUUAUUAUCUGUGUAUAGAUGUUACAAGUGAAGUCUACAGCACUGGUACAUAACAUCGUGACGUAUUAAAGUUCAUAUCAGGUAUUUUUA